AUGGAUUCUAAUCCUGGGCCCUCAAAGAGAGUAAAAUAUGGAGAAGCUGAUUUUGAAGCUACUUUACUGAAAUGGGCAGAGGCAAUCAAUUCUGGCAGAAGCGAUAUCGAAUCAGAUGGCGACUAUAUACCACCGGAUCAUGACACUGAGUCGGAAGUUGAAUUCGACGAUGAGGACAACGAAAAUCUAGGUGAAAUUGAAAAUCCAGAAAAUGUUCCCAGUGGCAACUACGUUUAUGGUAAGAAUCGCUUUAAAUGGUGA